AUGAAUCCGAACCAGAAGAUUUUUCUGUACCUAACGAUACUGGCUUCCGUGGUGGUCCUAGCCCAUGGACAGUGUACGGCUAAUAUUCAAACGCAGCUGCAUGUCAGGGCACCAUUGUUCCUGCGCAACAACAAGUUGUGGGCUCCGGAUGGACCUUCCCUACAGUGGAGUGCCGGCGAAUCGACGCUCAUUGCCUGUCCAGGCAGUAAAAUCGCCAACACUGGAACUGUUACGGCCAACAUUCAGUGCGUAUCCGGACAGACAUUCAAUCUUAACGGAGCCAAUGUGAACCUUGCCAGCGUGUCUUGUGCCACUGAUUCUACGGGUUCACUCCAAAAUACUGGUCAGCGCUGUGGAAAUCGUGGUACCUUGGUUAAUAUUGGAUUCGAUGUACCGAACGUAGGCUUUGUGACGUACAUCCAGUCUUGCUACAACAUGCAAACGGCUUCGGUCAUCUACACCCGCCAUAUCAUUCCUGGAAAGGCUAUAAACUAUAGAAUCAGUGAUUCUAACAGACCCUCAUUCAAAACUGGUGGAAUCCAUUUGCGCGUGAGUCCUAGAACAUCUUACAUUCAGCCUGUGCAGAAAAAGCGUUUCAUGAAACUCUUAGGAUCCAAGGUUAAAGCAAAUAGGUUCAUUACUACGAAUUCUUUUCUUGCGCGAGGACAUCUUUCACCGCAUGCUGAUGGUAUCUUCCGACCCUGGCAAUGGGCAACCUAUUUCUACAUCAAUGCAGCCCCGCAAUGGCAGGCAUCGAACAAUGGUAACUGGAAGCUAGUUGAGGAUGCAGUUCGUGACGUUGCUGGCCGUUUAAAUGAGGACGUGUUGAUCUACACUGGUACCCAUGGCAUUCUGACGCUUCCAAAUGUAAGAGGCCGCCAAAUUCCCAUCACACUCGAGACUAGAGGUAUACAGGUCCCGAAAUGGUACUGGAAGAUCAUCAAAUCGCCACGCAUGGGCGCAUCGAUCGCUCUAAUCAGCAACAACGAUCCGUUCCGUAGGAGGAUGACAGCACGAGAAAUGCUGUGCACGGACGUGUGUGCACAGUAUGGAUGGAGUAAGACAAGCUACCGUAGCUUUGCACGCGGCUACACCUACUGUUGCAAGGUGGCGGAUCUACGCCGUGCCAUUCCUAGCAUUCCGGCCGAAGCAGUUGCUUCAAAUGUUCUAAAGUGUACGGUUAAUAUACGGACGCAGUUGAAUGCCCGGGAACCAUUGUUCCUGCGCAACAAUCAGCUAUGGGCUCCGAACGGACCUUCUCUGCAGUGGAAUGCCGGCGAAUCGACGCUUAUUGCCUGUCCGGGAAAUUCCAUUGAAAACACUGGAACUGUUACGGCCAACAUUCAAUGCGUAUCCGGACAGACGUUCAAUCUUAACGGAGCCAAUGUGAACCUUGCCAGCGUAUCUUGUGCUGCACGAUCGACGGGAUCGCUCCAAAAUACCGGCCAGGGCUGUGGAAAUGGUGGAACUCUGCUAAAUCUUGGGUUCGAUGUACCAAGUGUAGGCUUUGUCACGUACAUUCAGUCAUGCUAUAACAUGCAAACGGCUUCGGUCAUCUACACCCGCCAUAUCAUUCCUGGAACCGCUAUUGACCAUAGCAUCAGUGAGUCUUACCGACCAUCUUUCAAGACUGUUGGUACUGCUUCCCACGUUCAGCCGGCCACCUCUUACACCACUGCCCAACAGGCAAUCCGUUUUGCACAGCUGCUAGGAUCCCAGGCUCAAGCUGAUCGUUUCAUUACUACCAGCUCUUACCUUUCCCGAGGACAUCUGUCACCGGAUGCGGACGGUAUCUUCCGGCCCUGGCAAUGGGCGACCUAUUUCUACGUCAACGUUGCUCCUCAAUGGCAGGCCACUAAUGGUGGCAACUGGUUGGUGGUUGAGAACGCAGCCCGCAACAUUGCUGGCCGUCUGAACGAGGACGUGCUGAUUUUCAACGGUGCCCAUGACAUUCUGACACUUCCCCACGUGAAUGGCCAGCAAGUUCCAAUCACGCUCGAGGCCGGAGGUAUCCAGACUCCGAAAUGGUACUGGAAGAUCAUCAAAUCGCCGCGCACGAAUGCAGCCAUCGCUCUAAUCAACAACAACGAUCCGUUCCGUACGAGCAUGCCGGCAGGAGAGUUGCUGUGUUCGGAUGUGUGUGCACAGUAUGGAUGGGGUAAUGCGAACUAUGGCAACUUUGCACGCGGCUACACCUACUGUUGUACGGUGGCGGAUCUACGCCGUGCCAUUCCUAGCAUUCCGGCCGAAGCAGAUGCUGCCAAUGUGCUACGUUUUUAA